UACCACCACACCUCCAUCAUGGCCACACACAACAUUGACCAUCCACGCCAGCGAAUCCAGAUCCAAAGGCUCUGGCGGACCUACCCCGACCCCCAAUCCCAGAAUUUGGUUCCUCCAAAAAAAGGGCAAGAAUAGCUCGAAGCAUGGGAUAAGGUUUUCCUAAGAUCCUCAUGCAACGUUACCUGCGCUGGCCGUUCACUUUAUCUAUAUUAAAGGCAGCAGCAGCAGCCGACAUGCUCUCUCAUCCCUGUCUGUUCUUGUCGACGUGACUUCCUGCAAGCAUCGUGUGUGUCUGUCGCCAUGGGUCGUCCAGAGUCCGGCCAAGUGGUAUCUUGGUAUAUUGUCACCAUCGUCGCGUGCCUCUUUCUCAUCUGUCGACUUGGGGUACGAUGGCGAUUACUGAAGCGUUUGUAUCUCGACGAUUUCUUCGUCACGGUGGCCGCGCUCUGUUUGAUCGGCGAUUUGGCUAUCCAGCAUUAUAUGUUCAACCAGGGCAUGUCGGAGAUGGGUAACACGACCAUUGAGGAGAAGAUCAACAUGAUGAAGAUGAUCAUUCCCGGAUCCACCCUCUAUGUGACUACCCUUUGGUUGAUCAAGGCGAGCUUGGUGAUCUUCUACAAGCGCUUGGCCGAUCGCACCAAGUAUCAAAUGGUCUAUAACAUCACGCUCGCUGUUUUGGCCGCGACUUGGUUGGUCUUGUUCUUCGAUAUUGUCUUCAAGUGCUAUCCUCCUUCGCGCCAAUGGAGGAGCAUGGCCGAUCCAACUCUGGCAUGUCCUGAAAAGCCAUCAACAAUCAAUUACUGGCUCACCAUUCUCUUCAACAUCUUCACUGAUGUCUUCAUUAUCUGCCUGCCCAUCUCCCAAGUCGCGCGUCUGAAGAUGCCCCAGAAGCAGAAGUGGGGUGUCAUUUCCGUCUUCCUGCUGGGUGUGUUGGUCGUUAUCUCCAGUAUCAUCCGUGCCAUUUACUCCCACCUCAACGAGCAGAUGAUCACUUGCACCGUUUCCAUGAUCGAAGCCUCCAUUGCCAUCAUUGCCUCCUGUCUACCGGUUCUGCGCACCCUCGUCUUCGGAUCCCACUCGCGUACCGGCACCUACAGCGGCCGACGUGGCUACGAGAUGUCCGGAUCGGGGUAUAAUACAGGGCCGACGAGCAAGCAGCGCACCACCGUCUCCGUGACGCGAGUCGCCAACCCGCUUGACGAUCUCUCCCGCCAUGAUUCGGAGGAUGGGUUGGUCAAGGGCAACGGUCCGUUGUCGCAGGAUAAUGGCCCGCUGUCGCUAGAGAACGGUGCCGGCAUUGCUGUCACGCGCGAGUACUUCGUGCAUGAGGGCGAGACAGAUGGGCGCAGGUUCCCGUAGGGCUGCGUGAAAGCCAUCCGCCCG